CUCAGGUCGUCGUCGCCCAAGCUUCUUCCUCUCUCCUCUCCACAUCGACACCUUUCUUCUGUCGUCGGCGUCCCUCGUCUUUCGGAUUCGCUUUGCGACAUCUAUUCUCCUCUUCACAGCAUUGCCAUCGUUUCUUUAAUCAGUCUCGGUUCUCAAUUGCGCGCUCUACUUAAUCCUUCCAUAUUUCUUCCCAGGAGUUGGAAGCAGAGCUUCUGUCUCCACCGCUCAGAUGGCCGACCUCCACGGUGCGACGGGCACACACUCCAGUAAUACCUCCUCUGAUAAUAACCACAAUCACCUGAAUACAAACAUUGAAUCAGGUACCUUUGACGAGAAAUCCGCCCAUCACGAUGACUACUCACGAAAACCCCUUGACGACGAGGAAGAGGACGAAGAUAUGGAUGCUCUGAUUGAUGAACUCGAAUCCCAGGAUGGACACGCCGAAGAGGAAGAGGAGGGAGAUACCGCCAAUGUCACCACUGGACGUGUGGUUCCGGAAGAUCAGUUACAAACCGAUACUCGCAUUGGUCUAACGGAAUCGGAAGUCACAGCCAGACGAAAGAAGUACGGCAUGAACCAGAUGAAGGAGGAGAAGGAGAACUUGAUCCUCAAGUUUCUCGGGUACUUUAUUGGUCCAAUUCAAUUCGUCAUGGAGGUACGUUGCAAUCAAUCCCGUUGUCCUUUUCCGAUCUCUCCAAACACUUUCUGUCAAUCAGAUGUUUGCAAGCCCACACCCGUUGCUGGCUUGCGCUGUUUGUUUUGCUGCGACUGACCGAGGGCCCGGCUGCAUCUCGGCUUCUGGAAUGCCUGAUUCCACUGCCCAGACACAAAAAAUCCACCUCCCUUCAAUGACCCAUGCUGACUAUUGUGCUUUGUGAUAGGCUGCUGCUGUUCUCGCCGCGGGUCUCGAAGAUUGGGUCGAUUUUGGUGUCAUUUGCGCCUUGCUCUUGCUCAAUGCCGCUGUCGGUUUCAUUCAAGAAUUCCAGGCUGGUUCAAUUGUCGAUGAAUUAAAAAAGACGCUCGCUUUGAAGGCUGUCGUUCUCCGUGACGGCCGUCUUUUCGAGGUUGAAGCCCCCGAAGUGGUUCCUGGUGAUAUUCUCCAAAUCGAAGAAGUAAGAUUACCCGUCCACACCGUACCCAGAUAGCUUGGAAGUGGUUCUAACCAUUUUCUUUCUCGCAGGGUACAAUUAUUCCCGCUGAUGGCCGCAUUGUUACCGACGAUGCUUUCCUCCAAGUCGAUCAAUCCGCCAUUACCGGAGAGUCCCUUGCAGUCGAUAAACACAAGGGCGACUCAUGCUAUGCUUCUUCUGGUGUCAAGCGUGGUGAGGCCUUCAUGGUCAUCACUGCCACCGGUGACAACACCUUCGUAGGACGUGCCGCUGCUCUCGUCAACCAGGCCUCCAGUGGAACCGGUCAUUUCACCGAAGUCCUCAAUGGUAUCGGAACGGUGCUUUUGAUCUUGGUCAUCUUCACCCUCUUGAUUGUCUGGGUCUCGUCUUUCUACCGUUCCAACCCAAUCGUUGAAAUCCUCGGAUACACUCUUGCUAUUACUAUUAUUGGUGUCCCAGUCGGUCUCCCAGCAGUCGUCACUACCACCAUGGCUGUUGGUGCUGCCUACCUCGCCAAGAAGAAGGCCAUUGUCCAAAAGCUUUCUGCUAUUGAAUCUCUUGCUGGUGUCGAAAUCCUCUGCUCUGACAAGACCGGUACAUUGACCAAGAACAAGCUGUCUCUCGCUGAACCUUUCACCGUUCCAGGUGUUGAACCAGAUGAUCUUAUGUUGACUGCCUGUCUCGCUGCCUCCCGCAAGAAGAAGGGUAUUGAUGCCAUCGACAAAGCUUUCUUGAAGGCACUUCGAUACUACCCUCGUGCCAAGACUGUCCUGUCCAAGUACAAGGUCAUUGAGUUUCAUCCUUUCGAUCCUGUUUCCAAGAAGGUCCAAGCUGUUGUCGAAUCCCCACAGGGAGAGCGCAUCAUAUGUGUUAAGGGCGCACCACUUUUCGUUUUGAAGACUGUAGAAGAAGAUCACCCCAUCCCAGAGGAGAUUGACCAAGCAUACAAGAACAAGGUCGCUGAAUUCGCUACUCGUGGUUUCCGCUCUCUCGGUGUUGCUCGUAAGCGUGGUGAAGGAUCAUGGGAGAUCCUUGGUAUCAUGCCAUGCUCUGAUCCUCCUCGUCACGACACUGCCCGGACUAUUAACGAAGCCAAGACUCUCGGUCUCUCAAUCAAGAUGUUGACUGGUGAUGCUGUAGGUAUCGCUCGUGAAACCUCUCGCCAACUUGGUCUCGGUACAAAUGUUUACAACGCAGAGCGACUUGGUCUCGGUGGUGGUGGUGACAUGCCUGGUUCCGAAGUUUAUGAUUUCGUCGAGGCUGCUGAUGGUUUCGCUGAGGUCUUUCCUCAACACAAGUAUAAUGUCGUAGAGAUUCUCCAACAACGUGGUUACCUCGUUGCCAUGACGGGUGACGGUGUCAAUGAUGCUCCAUCUCUCAAGAAGGCCGAUACGGGUAUCGCUGUUGAGGGUGCCUCUGAUGCUGCUCGUUCCGCUGCUGAUAUCGUCUUCUUGGCUCCAGGUCUCGGUGCUAUUAUUGACGCUCUCAAGACUUCUAGACAGAUUUUCCACCGCAUGUACGCUUAUGUUGUCUACCGUAUCGCCUUGUCACUUCACUUGGAAAUCUUCCUGGGUCUCUGGAUCGCCAUCUUGAACCGAUCUCUCAACAUUGAGUUGGUUGUUUUCAUUGCCAUCUUCGCUGAUGUCGCCACCUUGGCCAUUGCCUAUGACAAUGCUCCGUUUUCCAAGUCUCCAGUCAAGUGGAAUCUUCCAAAGCUUUGGGGUAUGUCCGUUCUUCUCGGUAUCGUUCUCGCUGUCGGUACCUGGAUCACUCUUACUACCAUGAUUGCUCGUGGCGAGGAUGCUGGCAUUGUACAGAACUUUGGUGUCAUGGAUGCUGUUCUUUUCCUCGAAAUCUCCCUCACUGAGAAUUGGCUCAUUUUCAUUACCCGUGCCAAUGGUCCUUUCUGGUCGUCCAUUCCAUCGUGGCAAUUGUCCGGUGCUAUCUUGGUCGUCGAUAUCGUCGCAACAUUCUUCACCCUCUUUGGUUGGUUCCUUGGUGGCCGUCAAACAUCCAUUGUCGCUGUCGUCCGUAUCUGGAUCUUUUCGUUCGGUAUCUUCUGUAUCAUGGGUGGUGUUUACUAUCUUCUCCAAGACAGUGUUGGGUUUGACAACCUGAUGCACGGAAAAUCACCCAAGAAGAACCAAAAACAAAGAUCCCUCGAGGAUUUUGGUAAGUCGCGUCGCUUGGACCCGCCACGUCACGAACUUUAUGCUAACCCGUUUCAUAGUCGUCUCCCUUCAACGUGUCUCUACACAACACGAAAAGUCCGCAUAAUAUUACCCCCUCCCACUCCCCGGAUUUGCUUCACGCCUUGGUGAUGCGCCGCGAGUGAGAGUUUUUUCUUCAUUGUGUUUAAUAUCAUUGGCAUGGCUUGCAAGAAUUGUACAGUCACUUGGACGAGCUCUUGCUGAUGUACACAAUUGAUUUUGUGGAGCAUAUAUUUUUGCUCACUGAAUCCUACAAAGCCAAUACGUGGCUGGUUUUUUGAAAUGGAGUCAUACCCGCGAUACCAAAUGUUUCCUUAGAUUCUUAAUAGUAAAACUAAAAAUUACUUACUCAUGUUUU